GACGGACGACGGAGGCAUUGAGGCAACCACGCUACCCCGCAUUGAGAAUGGCACCUUUCUAUAGCAAGAACUUCCCCGCAUUGGUGAUUGCCUGCUUGCUGUGCGGUUUCGGCUCCGCCCCUGCUCAUGGCUUUCAACACUCGCCAGUUUCAAGUAAAGCCCUGAACAAGCAGCAGCAGCAGCAGCGGACUACUAGCCUGCAGAGUGCGGGAGAGCGACGAGAGAGAAGCUCUCUGGCAGCGAUCAAUGAGCAGCAAGACAGCAUCAAGACGGGCACGGCCGGGUGGGCGCAGAGGACCAUCACCGUCACCGCUCCUUCCAGGGGCUGCCACCUCAUCACUUCGGAGAUUAGCAAGCAGGUGCCGGAGCUGCGCUCGUUCAGGGUUGGGAUGGCCAACAUCUUCCUCAAGCACACGUCAGCGUCGCUCACCAUCAACGAAAAUGCAGACCCGGACGUACGGACAGACAUGGAGUCGGCCCUCAACCAAAUCGUUCCUGUAAAGUGGCACAACACCAUGUUCCGGCACACGCUCGAAGGCCCGGACGAUAUGACAGGACACGUCAAGAGCACCAUCGUCGGAGCCUCGCUGAAUAUCCCCGUAUCAAAUGGCGGCCUUGCGCUGGGAACAUGGCAGGGCGUAUACCUCUGCGAGCACCGAGACACCGGGGGUUGGGGAGGGGGGUUCGCCCGCGACAUUGUCAUCACCAUUCAAGGAAUAACCUCGUCGGACUGA